GCGUUAAUGCACCAUAACGUUGAAUGCCAACCGCCGAUAAACCCCACCGAAGAAGAGGAAGAAGGAAAUUACUAUCGUUAGAUUCGAUGAGCCGUCGGUGUCUACAUCUAGGCCGGUUUAAAUGUAUGAACAAACCAAACAAGGUGAUGUUUUGUAGGCAAAGGGAAAGGGAGUGAAAAACCAACCGAAUCUCGGCGCGUUCACUAUUCUGCUCUGCGUCUAUGAUAACAACAGAUGGACUCGUUGCUCCUGUGGUCCACUGCCGGAGUCGACAGUGCAUUUGUUGGGGAGGGAACGACUGGGCAAAGGCGGAAGACGGCGCAUCAGCAGUCAGAUUGGAAGCUAACUGGUUGUUGCAAGAUGCUUGUAAGCGACAGUUCUCUACACGGGAUUUAAGGAUAAGUCAACUUUGACGUUUGAACUCCUGAAGUAACCUGCAUGGAUUGACAAGGGCUGAACUAAAAUUUUGAUUAAAAAAUAUAUAUAUAUUUAUAUAUUCAACACAAGCACAGUUAAGACACAAUGGCGAGCAGAAGAAAAUCAACAACGCCUUGCAUGUUCCCCCCCGUUGAAAUGGUGGAUUCAGACCCUGACAUGGAGGUCGUUACAGAGGGAGAUGAACAGACUGACGAGGGGGCAGCUAACUGUCCUGUGGAAAACUCAACUGAAAGCAACCCAAGUGAGGAAGACACACAGGCCAUGGACCACUUCAUUAAAACUAUGGACUCGAGUACAGCAGAAGGAGGUUAUGAGUGCAAGUACUGCAGCUUUCAGACAUCACAGCUCAAUAUGUUUACCUUGCAUGUGGACACUGAGCACCCAAAUAUAGUUCUAAACUCAUCUUAUGUGUGUGUUGAGUGUGAUUUUCACACCAAGAGGUAUGAUGCAUUGUUGGAGCAUAAUGCACGCCACCACCCUGGAGAAGACAAUUUCACCAGGACCAUGGUGAAGAGCAACAAUCAAACCAUCUUUGAGCAGAGAGUCAAUGACUUGACCUUUGAUGGCAGUUUUGUUGAGGAGGAUGAGGACACAUCCUGUAAGGGUAUUGCCCUAAGCAAGACACCAAUCAUGAAGCUCAAGAGUAGGGCUGAGGCCAAGAAGUUUACAGGGUCACACAAAAUGGCAGAUAACAGUGUCAUUAAAGUGGAGAGUGAUGGGGAAGAAGAGAGAGAGGAGGUGCCCCCCCCUCCUGUCACCCCCACUGUAGUGGCUGUGUCAACCCCUCUGACCAUUCAACCUAUUCAGCAAAGCAUAAUGGUCAACAGCCCAAAUGUGCUCCAAAUAAAGACCACCAACUCCACCACAAUGCUCCCUCCAGGGACAUUGGCUCAAGUUCUGUCUGCCUUGCAGAAUCAGCAGACCUCCCAGACCCAGCUCCUCAUCCCGGUCAGUAGUAUCCCCACAUACAAUGGGGCCAUGGACAAUAAUGUCCUGCUGGUCAGUGCCUAUAAUAGGUUCCCUUACCCAUCUGUGUCAGAGAUAAUGGGUCUAACAGUACAAACCAAGUUCACAGAGGAGCAGAUAAAGGUGUGGUUCUCUGCCCAGCGGCUGAAGCACGGUGUGAGCUGGACCCCAGAGGAGGUGGAGGAGGCCAGGAGGAAGAAGUUCAAUGGCUCAGUGCAGGCGGUGUCACAGACCAUCACUGUCAUCCCAGCCAAUUUUGCUACGGCAGCCAAUGGCCUGCAGUCAAUCUUUCAGACUUGUCAGAUUGUAGGGCAACCAGGGAUGGUUUUGACUCAGGUAGGGGGUGGCAACGCUGUCCCUGUGGCCUCACCCAUCACGUUAGCUGUUGCUGGGGUCCCCAACCCCAGAACCAGUGUCAGUAAGGUGCCAGAACCCUCCACCUCUGAGACCGCUUCUCCACUCAGUACCGAUUCCCUGGGAGCGCGACCCAAAAAAUCCAAGGAGCAGCUAGCAGAGCUGAAGGCCAGUUACCUAAGGAGACAGUUUGCCACUGAGGCAGAGAUCUCUCAGCUGAUGAAGGUCACUAACCUCACCAAAAGAGCAAUAAAGAAGUGGUUCAGUGACACACGUUACAACCAACGCAACUCAAAGGACCAUCAAGGCGUUGCCUUAAAUGACAUUUCAGUCAACACCAACAGUAACGACGCCAGCAGCAGCACAGCCAUUGUGAUCGACUCCAGCGACGAAGCCAGUGAAUCCUCUCUCACAACCCAAGGGCCCAUCUAUGAUCCACGAAUCAAGUUCCGCCAUGCCUUUCCUGACUUCACACCUCAGAAGUUCAAGGAAAAGACUCCGGAGCAGCUUCUGCUUUUGGAGGCCAGCUACCAGAAGUCUGACACGCCAGGCGAUGAGGAGCUAAGUAGGUUGAGGAUGGAAACUAAACUGACCAGGCGAGAGGUGGACGCCUGGUUCUCUGAGAGGAGAAAAAUGCCACUGGACUCUGAUGGCACAGAGGAGCUAGAGAGUGAAAUGGUCAAAGUGCCUUCCUCUGGGCAAGAAGCUCGGACGCCAUCCAGCGGCCGGAAGAUAAUGAAGAAAACCCCAGAGCAGCUCCACGUCCUGAAAAGCGCCUUUGUUCGUACCCAGUGGCCCUCUGCUGAAGAGUACGACAAGAUGGCCAAGGAGAGCGGGUUACCCAGAACCUACAUUGUCAACUGGUUUGGAGACACCCGUUAUGCCUGCAAGAACAGUAACCUGAAGUGGUACUACUUGUAUCAGAGUGGAAAGGUUAACGAGGCAAUGAACGGAGGUGAACUUAAGAAGAAGCCACGGAAACGCUUUCGAGGUUGGUCCAGGAGAACGAGACGGCCAUACCCCUGCAAACAAACACCCCCUACCAUCAAAGUCAAGACGGGUAAAGAUAUUUUAAAGGAGCACUACCUCAAGCAUAAGGUCUUAAAUGAGAAAGAUUUGGAUGAACUGGUGGCCAAGUCCAGUAUGAGCUAUGAGCAGGUGCGGGACUGGUUUGCGGAGAUCAGCAGGAGGGAAGAGAAGGGCCUUGACCCUUUCAGUGAGGAUAAAGAGGAGACACACGGUGACAGUGAGGGAGAGAUGGAAGUGAAAGAGAAAGGGGAUGAUGAAGAAAAUGACAUUGACAACAAAGAUGAUGAAAAUAACAAGGAUGAAGAUGAAACGAAUGACAAUGAAACCACGGAAGACCCUCUAUGUUUCAAGCAAUCACAGUCAGAACCAGAAGAUCAGUGAUUUAAAAGGUCCAGAAUUCUCAUUGUUUGCCUACAGAAGAGAAGAGAUGGAAAACACAGGUGAAAUGUACCAUGUGUUUUGGUGUUAAACUGCGUGGACCAACCAGGCACAAAGAAGCGAGAAAAUGUAUGAUGCCAAAUAAUUUUAGCAAGGGAUAAUAUACUGAACAAAAAUAUAAACGCAACAUGUAAAAGUGUUGGUUUCAUGAGCUGAAAUAAAAUAUCCCUGAAAUUUUCCAUAUGCACAAAUCAUCAAAUC